CAGUGAGCAGCCCCUCUAUAUACAAUAUUGAUUAGGCAAAGUAGAUUUAGUUGUCACUUGUCAGUCUGGCGGUGACUGGGGACAAACAAGAAUAAUAUAAAUAAUCAUAACACGAAAGAAAAGUUUACAAAAUUCGAUUCCGUGAAUUAGUGGCAAACACAACGCUUUCCUUGCUUUAAUAAUCAUCAUACUGAAACAAGAAACUUUAUCAUUCAUAUGAUAAAGCCGAAAAUUGACAUAAAUAUUUAUAUUCCCUCAAAAAUUUCUUAGAUCAGAAAUAAACAAAAAAAAUAUGUUCAUGAGGUUAACUGUCUAAGACCACCAUUAUCGGGCGAUCCUUAGCAGGGUUUUUAGGUUAAUGAGUGAUUUAUUUAAAUAAAAAAAAAAUUAAAGCCUUGUAACCAUCACGUGUUUUUAGGUUAAUGAGUGAUUUACAAAGGUUAUACAAUCACGUGUCAUCAUUGAGGGAAGACGAAAACGUUGAUGACCGAUGGCGUUCUACAGAUCUCUACGAAAGCUAGCUGAAACCAAUCCCCUUAAAAAGGCCAGAUUAUUUUUCCAGCUUCCGGCGGUGGAGCGGUUUCUCCGAUCGCAUCGUCGUUUCCGCCGCGCCGCUCCCACAUUACAUGCACAGAUUGCCUCCCCUUUCCUAAUGGUUCGUCCCUCUCCACGGACCUCUAUUCCUCUCUUCUCCACCCUGGAAACUGCUCCAGUCCGCGACGCCUCUUCACUGGCGAGGAAACGGCGCGUCUUGAGGAAGGUCAAGGCUCUGAGCGUUAGAUUGAUUUGUGGUGAUGAUGGUAGAGUUCGAGGAUGGAAAUGGAGAGACUUUGCCUAUUCUACAGAGAACCAUGUCAAGCCAUUGCUUGAAUUGACUAAUCCACAACACAAAGACUUUUGUUUUUCUAUGGAGUGCCUUUGGCUCACACCCUUUGAGCUCUCGACUGAAGCUCCUCCUCCUGUAUCAUCGUCAAGCAACCAGUACUUGUGACUCUCAUUGAGGUAUGUUUAACUCUGGGAACUCACAUCUUCCGCGAGGUAGCCUUGCUGGGCUCGAGCCGAUGAGUUUCAUUACCUUGGCAACACCUCGUCUAGGAGUGAGAGGUAGAAAGCAGGUUCUAUCCAUUUCCUGUUAUAAUAAUUGGAACUCAUCAAUUGUUUAGUAUGAUGUUAAAACAGUAGUUCUUUGGUCCCUCCCAUUUUGGAAUUAUGAGACUGAUCAUAGAAGAAAUUGUAGUGUCCACUCUAGCUCAACCCCAUAGCAAUUUCUGAGUAAAAAGAAAACAAAAUUUUCUUUGAGGUUAUGAUCUCGCUAAAAGAAAAUCAAAAUGAAA